AUGUCACUAAUAAAUGAACUUACGCUUACAGAUAUCAAACAACAGUUAAAAGAAUCUUCAAAAUUAUUGAGUCCGUAUAAAGAUAUAUCAGAUGAGUUAGAAACUUUACUUAUUUGGCUUGAUCCUAAUGACCCAAACAGUAAUCAUCAUUUACAUCCUCCAACAUUACAACUUAAAACUAUUAUUAAACAAAUAACUCCAAGUUCAGAUAUUUAUAAAGACCCUUCAAAUUCUAUUAAAAAUAAUAUUCAAAACUGGUUAAAAUUAUUUUAUGUUUAUCAAGUUAGAACAUAUUUUUUUAAAAAAAUAGAUAAUAUUAGACAAUAUAAAGAUAUGAUCAAACUUGAGAAAUAUUAUCAAUUCCCACUUCAAUUUAUCCCACUUUUCACAUUUCAAGAAUGGUGUUUUGAAUUACUGUCAUUACGGCACUAUAUAUUACAUCAAAAUAAAGAAUUCACACAAAAAAUUAUAUUAGAACUCAGACAAUUAAUAAAAGAAGAAGAUUUUGAAACUUCUUUAGAUAUAGUCACUUGGAUUAGAGAAGUUGAUUCUAAUUUAUUAUCUGAGAAUUUCAUAUUAGAUAUUUUAUUGGAGAAAAUAACUUUAUAUUGUGAACAGACAAUGAAAGGAAAUUGGACUCGAAGAUAUCUUGUUAUGGAGACUUAUAAUACCUUUAUGAUGAAUUAUUGGUUAAAUUUUACACAAUUAUUAAAUUGUAAAGAAGAUAAUCAUAAGAUUACAAAUAUUUUAUUCAAAUAUUUUGAAAAGCAAUUUAUAAAAAUUCGAAUCCAAGAAAUAUUCAAGAUUUGUAUAUUAUCCUAUCCUGAUACUAAACCUACAUUAUUAGAGCUUCGAAACUUACUUGUCACAUAUAAUUUUUUCCAAAAAUUAGUAGUGAAUUUUUUAAGUGCUUUUGAAAGAAUUGUAUUAACCCCUACAAUAAAUACUAUUGAUUGCCUCUUGGCAUAUAUUCGUACCGUAAAAUCAUUUCAAAUAUUAGAUCCAUCUGGUAGAUAUCUUUAUUCUAUAACGAAUUAUAUUAAUCCUCAUUUUAGAGAAAGAAAAAUGUUGGCUCCAAUUUUAUUACAUGCAAUCUUAGCUUUACCAAAGAUAGAUUUGGAGAAUGCCAUAUACCCAAUAAAAGUUAGUAGUAUUUCAUUAAAACUUAUUAUUAACGAGUUAGAGGACCCUGAACUUGGUAUCGAAAAUACAUCAACUAAGAAAAAUUCAAUUAAGAAAUUUAAUGAAAUUCUGAGUCCGAAGAGAUUUAAUAAUCAUAAUAGCUCUGAAUAUCUACCAGAUUUAUUACAAAAUACUUCUUCUGAGGAUAGUAAUUCCACUUUAUUAGUACAAAAAGUGGUCAAACAAUUUUUAACUUGGGUACCUAUACCAAAUGAUAUUGCAACUAAUGAUACCAAGAAACUAUAUUCUUCAACAAAUUUACUAGAUAUACUACUAAAUAUUUUUGAGUCAAAAGAAUUUUUAUUAACCGAAUUUAGUAAAUUAUUAAGUAAACGCUUAUUAAUAACCAAAAAUUAUAAAUUAGAAGGCAAGUGGGGCGCUUGCUUACAAUUACUUCGGAAGAGAUUUAGUUCAGGAUCAGAUAAUUAUACAAAUACCAAUUUAGCAGAUACUGACAAUUUGGUCAACGGCGAGAAUUUAAAGAUCACCAAUAUGAAUGUUAUGUUAUCCGAUUUAAAUUAUAGUAGUGAACUUUGUAAGAUAUUCCAUCAUGCCAAUGGGGUAAACACGAGGGUAUACCCCAAGUUCAUAUCAUCUCACUAUUGGGUAGAUCUUGAUGACGAAAAUGUAUCGAAUGGUCCAAAUGAGGAGACAAAUCAUUUUCAAAUCCCACCUUCCCUAUUAGGCUAUUUUGAAGAAUAUGCUAAAUUAUAUGAGGACUUGAAUGAAGGUAGAAAAGUAGACAUAUGGCCCAAUGAAGGUGUUAUAGAGAUUAAGUUGAGCUUUGAAGAUGGGCGUGUUCUAGAGAUAGAUGCCACUUUACCACAAUAUGCAUUAUUGCAAUAUAUACAGGAGAAAAAUGCCAUUAUGCAGAACAAUCAGGGAUUCACUGUUAAUGAAUUAUCAGUACCACUGAACUUAUCAUUACAAAAUGUGACGGAGCUUGUAGAUUUCUGGCUGAAAAAGAAUGUUUUAAAGAAAGUUGAUGACAAGUAUAGUAUUUUAGAAUACAAAUAA